AUGUUCUUCGACAAGGUAGUUUCUAACCAUUUCAUUCCAAUCAUUGGUGAUUUAUUACGGAUUGUAUGCGCCGUUUGCAACAAGUUUCGACCACCACUUGCUGGUACACACCCUGAGGAUAAAAGUAUUGCCGAAGCAAUGCUUGAAAAAUGCAAAAAGGGAAAUGCAAUCCAAAAGAUGGUAACGGAAGAAGGCUUAUUGACCAAACGUACCAUUUACAAAUUAGUUGAUGCAUCAAAGGUUUUAGAUGAACUUGCAGAUUUUCCAGUUCUGAGUAUGGAUAAAUUACGAGAAAUAACCAUGGGGGUAUAUCAGCUUAAACAGGCCCCUAACUAUGUCAGAGAACACGAAGGUGAAGACGGAAAAUUUGAACUGUAUGUGUGCAAAAUCAAAGAAAACCUGCUCAAAAUUAAAAUACAAUCAAGGCACAGUAACAAACUUUCCCAUACUGUCUUCAUAAGUUACAGUGACGAAGGAGAUAUAGAAGGAUGGUAUUGUACAUGCAAAUCGGGAGCACGAGUUGUUGGUUGUUGUGCACAUGUUGCAAGUGUGCUAUGGUAUCUGGGGUAUCAAAGACUUGAACAGCAGUCUGGAUCAAGGAGAGACUUUAAAACAUCUGUUUUAGAUGCAUCUCACAUACCGAGUUCCAAUGAAAGUGACUGUGGUUCUUUGCCAGAGGAGUAAAAUAACUAAUACAAACUGUGUUUAUGUGACAGCUACUUUUCACUUAUA